AUGGCCCCGUGGCCCAUUGAGGAGGGACCUUCUCUCGCAAUUGAAAGGCAUGAUUUAGCAUCCACGCCCAUAGUAGUGGAGCCUUCAUGUCUGGUGCCUCGACUGGAGUCUGAUAGGCUCCCAGCAAGAGUAAGCAACACCAUUCUUGAGGCAAGGGUGCCGCCACAUGAUGGCUCUAUGGCCAGAAAUGAUAAGGGGCGUGCCCCAUCCACAAUCCAAGUAUAUGUGGUGGCCAUCACGGCGAAUCAUUCUCUCGAGGCCGGCUAUUCAAUAGGCAGAAAUGACUUUGUUGUUAAAUUGCUGAAGGGUGUGAGGAUACUGAAUCCCCCUCGCCCUCAGACUGUGCCACGUGUCUUUUCCAUUCAGGGGAGUUCAGAAAAUGUGAAAGAGAAUUUGGCAUUAAGAGGAACGGCUGUACAGUCGAGCACAUAUGGCUGGGGAGCUGCAAAUGCCACAUAUUCCACCUGGGGCGCUGCAAAGGCCAUAGACGGCAUCAGAUACGCUCCAGGUUUAGCCUCAAGCUGCUCAAUCACAUCAAAGGAGCUCAACCCGUGGUGGAGGCUGGACCUGCUGGAUUCUUACACCAUUUACAACGUGACCGUCACCAACAGAGCCGACGGCUGGCCAGAGCAAACAACUGGAGUAGAGAUCCGCAUCGGAAACUCUCUGGAGAACAACGGCAACAACAAUCCCAGAUGUGGUGUCACUUCACUUGUCCCAGCAGGCAGUUCUGUCAGUUUCUCUUGCGGUGGAAUGGAAGGUCGUUAUGUGAACAUGUACAUUCCUAACAUCCACGCAUACCUCACACUGUGUGAGGUGGAGGUUUAUGGAACAGACUCUUGUGAAGACUCCAUAUGACCCAGCACCUGUGAGUAGAUGAUGCCUACCCUGCAAGGACUCCAGACACAAAAUGAUGACAUUUUCAUUGGUUUAAAAUGCACACACA